AGAAACAGUAAUCCAUCCUUGCUAGUCUUGGCAUUCCUCCAUGCCGACUCCUCUCUGAUCUGUGUUCCAUGGCCAAAAUCCAAAACAAAAGUCAUCAAACCAAACCCAAAGCCACACACUUCCUCUGUUGCUACUUUGGGUCAUGUUCUAGCUGGGCUUCCGAGAAAGGGUCCGUGGAAACCCUCCGAACCGAUGGCCAGAAGAUCAACAUGCAUUGGCUUUCUUGGUCCAGAUUAAUCCAAACGAAGAAGUCCGGCACCAAACCCGCGCCGCUCGAAUCCACCCUCAACGAGAAAUCAGACCCGAAAAGAGAAAUUCUAGCAUCGGGAUCAAAGCCCGACAUGCUCACGUCGAUGCCUCGAGAAGCUCCUGUAACUGAUCAUAAGCUGCCUUCUCAGGUUCCUGUAUUCAGCCCGGUUCCCUUAGAUCAAAGACAUGAGGCUUUGGGAGGACCUCAAGAGACAACGUACGAGCGAACUGCACAGAAACACGUUCAAGAUUUUGAGCGUACGGAUACUUCCAAGGAAGACAUGUUUCAAAACUGGUUGUCUUGUCGCCGGAAAAAAGAAGCCAUGAGACAGGGAUACAGUCAUCCUGGCUCACCGAAGCCCAAGACCAAGCCGCUCGUCGUGAUGUCACACUCCGUGUCUCUACCAGUUUCGCGUCACGAAAAAGGGGCAAUCCCAAUAUCAUCGUCGUUAACGAACUCCCGAGCUGUGUCGAAGAAUCUGGACCGGGAAAAGGGAUCGAUAUCGGCCAAGAAACUUGACUCAGCGGUGGGUUUGUCAAUUGUGGUGGUAACCUUAAUAAUAAUGUUGGUUUGGGGUAGAGUGUGUGCCAUUCUUAGCACAUCCGCAUGGUUAUACUUCGUCCCUCGUUUAGUCGAGCAAAAUCGGAACAGGCAUGAUCAUGAUCAGGAUUAUGAUUCGGAGGAGCAUAAGAAGAAGGUGGUCUUAGAAGGAUUUCUCGAGAGAAACCACCGGAGUCCAUUGUGAUUUCCUAACGAACGAUUCGGCAAUUUCUAUAAGAAUCUGUUAUAUUGGUUUUAAAAUUUUGGUUGAAUGUGGUGAAUGAUGUAGAAAGAGUUGCAAUCACGAAUCAAGGGAUUGGUGUCUAAACUAAUGCCAAUCACGAAUUGAGUAGUCACCUCGGAUUGCUGGAUUCAAUUUUUUAUUUUGCUAGAUUCAAUUUCUGGCAUGCGCGAUGUUUACACACUCUACGACUGUAUCUAGUAUUAUUGAUAGACACAACCCAAUUGACGAGAUUAAAAAAGGGCUUUAUCCCUUGUGCCAAAUUGAAUAAGAUUUGUUUGACU